GAGCGGUGGCCACAGCAGCGAGUGACAGCCAGUGCACAUGGCUGGGGACACCGGGAUGGCCGGGAAGCCCAGACCCUCGGCCUCGCUGGUGCCCAGACCACCCAGCUCCUGGUGGAGCCCCCCUGGAGGCCGGCGGUGCUGUGGGACCGGGUGACACUGACCUGCCAGGGCUCGGGGAACACUGGUGUCACCACCUGGUACAAGGACGGGCAGCGCUGGAGACAGGAGAGACACAACCGCCUCACUGUCACUGAGAAACGCAACUACACGUGUGAGAGACCCGGCACUGGGCUCAGCCCUCCUGUGACAGUCUCAGAUGCCCAAUUGGUGCUGCAGGUGCCAGCACAGGCACUGCUGGAGGGGGACACGGUGACACUGCGCUGCCGGGGCUGGCGAAACAACCCGGUCAGCUCAGUGUCCUUCUACCACGAGGAGAAGAAACUGCAGGAGCUCCGCGAUGGGACUGAGCUGUCCCUGUCCCCUCUGCAGCUGCAACACAGCGGCCGCUACAUCUGCAGGGGCUGGGUGAAAUCCACGGUAUCACGAGGAUGGGAGAAGUCAGAAUCAGUGACAGUGACAGUGCAUGAGCUUUUUAUGGCGCCGGUGCUGGAAGUUAACUCUGAGCCCACCAAUGGUUCCCCCCUGACUCUCAGCUGCCUCAGCACCCCCAGCCCCCUGCGGCCCCGAGCCCCCCUCCUGCACGUGUUCUACCGGGACGGGCAGGUGUUGGGGGGCCCACAGAGGUCCCCGCAGCUGCUGUUUCCCGCUGUGGGGGUCUCCCACUCGGGGAAUUACAGCUGCGAGGUGCGCUCCGAGGGGGGGACCGUGCGGAAGAGCAGCGCCGGGCUCCAUGUCAUUGUGCACAGGGUUCCACUCUCGGGGGUGUCCCUGUCAGCGCAGCCUGUGCUGAGCUGCACGGUGGCCACAGGGACAGGUCACCUGUCCAUUUCCUGGUGCCCGGGAGGGCUCGGGGGCACCGCUUGGCACUGGCCCUGCCUGGAGCUGCACCACACUGGGGACAAUGGCAGCGGCCACUGCCAGUGCGGGGACAGCAUGGCUGAGAGUGUCCCCCUGAAUGUCACUGUCCUUUUGCCCGUGGCCAAUGUCACCAUCACCCUCAGUCCCCUGUCACUUCAAGUGCAUGCAGGUGACCCCAUGACCCUGCGCUGCUCGGUGCAGGUGGGCGCAGCCCCUGUCACCUUCACCUGGCUGCACAACGGGCAGGCGGUGGCCCAGGGUCCCCUCCUGGAGCUUGGAGCUGUUGAUGUGGGACAUUCGGGCACCUACCAGUGCAUGGCCACCAACCAGCUGGAUGGGCACCAGGCGCACAGCCCAGAGCUGGCCCUGGAGGUGACAGAACACACACCCUUGGCCGCAGGGGUCGGUGGGGCCCUUUUGUUCCUGCUCCUGCUCGUAGGUUUCAUUGUGGCCUGGCACCGGUGGCACCAUGUGGAUGCCAGGAAUCACCAGGAAAGGGCCCACCCAGACCCCCUGGCACCCUCGGUGGAGGAUCCUCAGGCGACGUACAUGGAGCUGCAAAGGCAACUGUGGGAACCCAGUAACAUCUAUGACAAUCUACACCAAAAGUUGUGA